AAACGACAGAUAUGGCCAGCCCCGAUGUACUGAGCGACGCCACCAAGAAAGAUGUGGCGCUUGGUGUCAUAUCCCUACGGUCGUUAAUAAACGGAGACUCAAGCACGGAAGCCAUGUUAUUGAAAGCAUGCACUGAUCUAGGAUUCUUCUAUCUUGAUUGCGUGGACGGGUGCUCCGGUGAAAUCUUGGAGGAUGUUCAGGCAAUCCUGCAGGUCACGGGAAUGGCCCUAUCGAAGCUUUUUGAGCAUCCCAUCUCCAAGAUAGAUGAUCCUGCAUCAUUUCCAGGUCCUGAGGUCAUUGCUCACCAGCUCAAUCCACUCAAAAAGGCGAUUGCGACCUUCCGUGGUAUCAGCGUCUUACUUUUGGAAAGAAUCUCUGCAGCGUUAGACUUGGACCCGUCAAAAGCUUUCCAGGGAUAUCAUCGCGAAGGCGCUGUCUGUCCAACAGCUCUUGGACUGCUGAAGUACACGAUUGCUGCGGAAGAGCCCAAGAAGAUCGGCCAAAUUGCCCACACAGAUGCCGGUAGCCUUUCAAUUGUGUUCACAGAGGUUGCCGGUCUCCAGGUUCUGAAACCAGACGAAGAUGACUGGUUUUACAUCGCUCCAAAGCCUGGACACGCUGUUGUAAAUGUUGGCGAUGCGCUCCGUUUCAUAUCGGGUGGAGUUCUGGAGUCCAGUCUCCAUCGAAUUAUUCCCCACAAAGACGAAAGAUUUCGGCACAAGUACUCAAUCGUGUACUUACUGAGACCGGAGAUGGAUGCAGAGUUCAUUGAUGGUGAAGGGCGAAUGUGGAAAGGCUUAGAAUGGACAAACAAAAAGCAUGCUGUGUUUCGUGCUCCAGCAGUAGAACAAGCUCAGGGAACUUAUCUUACCGGUAGGGAUGGGUACGUUGGAUACUGGGAUCCGGAGAAGGAUCAGGAAAAUGUGAUAUCUUAG